AUGUCCGGUGAAGACUGUGAGUCUCUUGAUAAAGGUGACAGUGAUGGACAAAAGCCUGACAAAAUGUUUACGCUGAAAAAGUGGAAUGCCGUGGCAAUGUGGAGCUGGGAUGUUGAAUGCGAUACUUGUGCUAUUUGCCGCGUUCAGGUCAUGGACGCCUGUCUAAGGUGCCAGGGUGAAAGCAAGAAGGACUCAUACGGCAAGCAAGACUGCGUGGUGGUUUGGGGCGAGUGCAAUCACAGCUUCCACUUCUGCUGUAUGUCUCUAUGGGUGAAACAGAACAACCGCUGUCCGCUGUGCCAGCAAGAGUGGUCGAUACAACGAAUGGGCAAGUAGAUGUGGCUUGUUACCAUCUUGCUCUAUACGAAGAUAGAAGCUGGCGUUAUUUUCGUAAAAGAGCGUCCAAUAAUUACGUGAGGUGUUUGAGGGGAUAUCGCUCAAACUUAAAUAAAGGAGGCAAACUAUUAGCAAAUAUCGCCAGAAUUUUCUGCCAGAUAAAGUGUAAAAUGUCAAGAAAAUCUAAGAAAAUUAUUUAAAAAAUGUCUCUAUACUAAAUAUUUUGCUUAAUCCUCCUGCACAAUAAUAUUGUUUUAUUCAGAAAGUAGUAAAAUAUAUAAUCAAAGCACAGAUUAACGUAUUUAAUUGCCAAAAUCACCUCACAUAAUGAAUGGAUAUCCCCAAAGUCCAAGGUAUACAAAUAACAUGUAGCUCAAUUUGAUGUUAUCCGUAACCACCAAACAAAUCUGUAGGUAAUCUGUUAAUAAUUUCUAUAUUCUUUUUACACAACACGUAUCUACAUAUACACGUAUCUAUCAAGUACAUAUUAGAUAUCGCCGAGUUUAGAGAACGAAGAAAUUAUAAAUAACACAGUGCAGAUUAGUUUUGUGUCGCGCUUUACAUUGCAAAUUAAGCUAAAUGUUUAUUCAAUAUUUGGAUCACAUAACCUUCUUAGAAACGUUGGUUUAUUCUUUUGCGCUGUGAAUAAUAUUUUAUGUAAGUCGUGUUCUUAAAUAAAUGCUUUAUUAUUUGAA